GCUUUACAAUUACUCUUUUAUACGCUAUAAACUCCCUCCAUACCAUUUUUCACCUGAUGCAUUGGUGAGAGUUGUUGGAGAAAAGAAAAUUGAGUUCAUACUGUUUUUUGUUUUGUUUUUUUUACUUAUUCUGUCUGGAUUUUCCCAGCAUAUUCAAGCAGUGAAGCCACCAAAUUCUUGAGCCGUAAGCUCACUUUUGACUUUUCAUUUCAACCCCACAGUACAGCUCUGGUCACCGCAUUUGCACGUUCGUUUGAACAAAUGCGUACAUGUAUUAAUAGAACAUCUUCAAAUGUCUUCCUUUGUUUUUAAAUUAAAUUAGUCCACCACUCAAAGAUAUUCAGUUUACUUUCAUAUAUGACAAAAGAGAAUUUGAUUAGGAAAGUAGCUGCUAAUUAAUUUUUUGUCCAACUUCUCUGUUCGUCGACUAGCAGUUGCAGUUGUCUGCAGGUCUCGGCCCUUUUCCCAUCAGUUCUAACAGUUUCUAAUCCCUCUGGAUUACCCAUGUGCUAACAUCAGUUUACAUUUAAGGCGUGUAGAUGAAAUGUGCAGUGAGUGCAGAACAGUAGAUGGGUACGGGAAAUGUUUCCCAGCUCUUAGUUGAGUAGAAGGGGGAGGUGGGGUUAUGAUUCAGUGAGGAGAAAAUGAUGUGAGAUACUUCUAAAUAAACAUGGGAUUUUCAGCCUACAGUGGAAGACGGGAAGUGACUCAGCUGUUCUGGCUGCAGCCUUUUGAAAUUGGGCACACACCUACACAAAAAUCUGCCUCACUGUUAAAAAAACAUAUUGGAUAUGAUUGUCAUGAGCUCAAAUAGACGGCUGAAACCGCGAUUCAGAGAGUAUCAUUGUAUCAGCAAAUGAAAGCAGCAAAUGGUAUAUGAAGUUUUGCAAAGCUGCCUGCUCUUGUGUAUGUGUUGUCCUCCUACUGUGGUUAUAGUCUAUGCUGCUCCUGCUGCAGAUCUAUUACAGCUACCAGUGAUCAUGAGCCUUGUACAGUGCAAUGUCAAGUACAUUCUGGAUUUAAUGUCUAGUUUAGCACUCGCCCACCGCAUUAAGAGAGGAUUCUGGUAAAGAUAAAAGUUAUUCAAGCCCUCAAGAGAGCUCCCAAGGUAAAGCACUGCUGAUUUUUAUGGAGCUUUUAAGAUGAGAAAAUGGCCACAGGAAAAGAAAGUGUUCUUCAAACCCUGAAUAAAGAGGAUUUGGUAAAGUGCUACUGAUUAUAUUGUGAAUGGAUGGUAUCUAUGGAUGAUCUGCUCUGUGAUUUUCAUUCCUCACCAAAUGAAUCAAGGCAAUACAGAAAUAUUUGUCUUCCACUGUGUUACUGACAUUGUAUUUUGACAAUAAGUGGUCUAACACAGCCAAAAUCAAACUAUAUGAUGAAUAUAUAAAUUCAUGCACAUAUUGAAUUAGUGCAGAUCCCUAUGAGCUCCUCAGUGUUUUGAUUCUCUACACACUUUUGGCACAGGCCUCUCCACUAGCGGAUACAGUUUACAGCUUGGGAAUGCUAAAUGUUAUGCUGAUAUAUUUCAUUUGGCAGCUCUGUCAAGCAUUUUAAAAGCCAUGUGAAGUAAUGUAAGUAAUGUAUGUAAUGAACCUGCAUGCAUGUGUGGUGAAAUUUCAUAUGUUAGGCAGUCAAAAAUACAUUCACUACUACUCAAAAGCAGAUGAACAAACCCGAGCUCAUAGACUUUACGUGCAGGAACUUUUGUGUGGAAACGAAUUUGCGGUUUUAAAUGCAAAAAUCUACCAUUCAAAUACUAGCAGAAGUAUGUGCAUAUAAACCAGACUGAGACCUGAGAUUAGGGAAAUGAUUGAGGGCACGUUAUUGGAAAUGUAAGCGCACACACACAUGCAGGAGACACACCUUAUAGUCAUGUCCAUGCAUUUUAUAGUGCAAGUCCCAGGCUGGUCCCAGGCAUGCAGUAACUUUACACUGGUCACUAAUCACAAACAUCACAAAAUUAACCUCAGUGACAGCUCUGAGAGCGGCACGACAGAAAGUGCACGCCUAGAAGUUUCCAACUAGCCAUCUCUCAUCACUCGCAGAUGAUUGUGAGAGUGCGUGUGUGUGUGUUUAUGAUUUUGACAUGUAAAUUACACGUGUGUGUGGCCAUAUGUGUGCAUGCUGAGUAUCCUGUUACUUUACUCUCAUUCUAUUCAUCCACCACCAUUUUCAGUCAUCUACUUUGUUUACUUUGAGGGUCUUUUAUUAAAAAAUAAUUAUAAGAAAAGAUGAUAACAUAUGUACAACUAACAAAAAUGAAUCAAAGUUAAGAAGCUGUGCACAUCAUACUUUACUCUGGACCAUUAUAUAUCAUUUUCCCAGUCGUCUUCAUCGGCUGAGGAAAAUUUGUGAUAGUGUGAGUUUACUCACCGUUUUCAUCCUCAUCCCUCCACUCUGCACAGUAAAUAUACACACUUGCAGUAAAUGUAUAUGCGUUGCCUGUGGCAGCAUUAUUAUCCAAUGUAACUACAAAGCUUUUGAAUGGAAACUUUCACAUACAGUCGACCUCUGCUUCUUUGCAGCGAUUUAUUUUAAGUUUGGACAGAAAUCUUUGCUCCUUUCAAUUUAAUUACUGGAAUAUUUUACCUCCUCAGGUUUCUAAAACUAAGAAGAAGAAAAAAAACAGUGGUGAGGCAUCACAGACACACAUCGCUUUGUUUGUUUUCAGGGAUCACAAGCCAGAAAGGUUGGGAACCACUCAUCUGAACACUCCUCAAAUUUCAUAGAUCAAUCUGAUUUUGUAUUUGAUUACACUCGGUCGUCAGUUGGAUUUCUUAAAUCCUAAAUCGUGUUGUGAAAACUAAAAACCUUCAGUCAAAUCAUCUACGUUAUUAUAAAGACACUGAAGCUGAUUUUCAUUAGCAACAUGUGUCACAAUUUGCUCCAUCAGUGAACCAAGACUCAGACACAAACACUUUCAACAGUCUCAUGCUGUCUUUCCACACCACACUGCAGUGAAUUACAUCAUUUCUGUUGUUUCUUGGGGGUUAAAGAAAAAAAAAAAAACUCUCCAUCUUCCUCUAUCUUAUUUUCUGUCCCUCAGUCAGUCAGAGCACCUGUGCCUGUCCAGUCCUCCCUUUAUCUUACAUCCACAGCCACCAGGGAGCUGUUUUAUCAGUCCCUUUACGACCUGCCUGCUUGGCCUGUUCAAUACGCUACAUGUCGGAGCAGCUGUAAAUGGCCUUUCAGGACACUUCAAUCGGCACCGGAGAGCUUUUACAGGGUCACAGUGGCCAGCGUGGAUUUGUUUUAUGUCACCGCAUGUGUGUGCAGGCUUUUAGAGAGAGUAUGUGAUGGUCUGAAGGAUGUGUGAGAGGAUUUAGAUGUAAAUGGAAGUUUGGUAGAACCAGUCUCCUGGAAAUUACAUUUGUGUAUUGCGAAAUUCUUUUCCCAAAGAGGUCGUGAUGUAAAAAAUAAUCACUGGCUGGAUUAACUUCAGGUAACUUUUUUGGAUGAAUGAAUCCUGCAUUCAAUCUUACAAGAAUAUGAGUGAUUUUAAGGUUACCCAGAGCACUUUAAAACAGACAUUUUACUUCUUCUGGAGGGAAACUGCUGUAAAGUCUUCAGAAAAGUAACAGUGGAUUCUCUGUUUAAUAUUUCCUCCCACUGAAAUAACAGAUACACAGCAAACAGAGAUCCUUACACCGCAGAGGAAUUGUCGGUAUGAAGAAGAUGAGCAAAGUAAUUUUGAAUUUGAUUUUUAUUGAGGAAUGAUUUGUUAGCUGCAAUGUAAAACCAUGCAAAUACUUUCCACUCCUCUUUGCCAAGACAGUGUCAUAAAGCACCGAUUUAUCUUACACACUCUCUGACCCUCUUCCUCCUUCCUCUCUGCCUCGGCAUUAUGGGAGCGGGCAGUUUAAAAACAGAGGUAUUUACGACUCAGCGCUCUCCUCCUGGAGUUCCUGGAGCUCCACAAAACAUGUGGGACUGGCAGUAUGACACCGCCAGUUUAAAGAUAGACAGGGUUUUGGUUGGCUAUCUGGCUAUUUUGUAUCAGGAUCCAUCUGUCUGCCUGCACACCUGCCUAUCUCUGUGUCGGACACAUGCGGUUAAAGCAGGUCUGAACAGUGUAUGAGAGAACUGGGACGGUGAAACUGUUACCGGUGUAUCUGUGUCUGGCUGUUUUAAUGUGAUUCCUUUUGCAGUCUUUUGGAUCCUUUACCUUUACUUAAUUUAUACUUGGUAGUUUAAUCUGUUAAGAUAAAGUUUUAAGAUACUAAUAUUUUACAAGAGAUCAUAUUUUGUUCACGUAAAAUCUAAAUCUGCAGGUUAACCAGUAAUUAUAGCUCUCAAGUCUGUCACAUAAUGGUGAAGUAAAAUAUCUACCGCUACAAUACACUAAAGUAUUAUUAUUAUUAUUAUUAUAUGUAAUUUAAGUGCAAGUAUAAAUUGUACGUGAGUAAAUAUACUUGAGUCAAAUUCCACCACUGCCCUUUAUGUAUUUUUGUUCAUCUAAAAAUACAUUAUUAAAAUGUAUUAGAGUAAAAUGUAUUAGUAGUAGCAGUCUCGUAGUAUAAUUAGUAUAAGAGGAGCAGCAUUAGUCACUAAGUUUCAGCUGUUUAAAUGAUGCUAAAGUUUGACUGCCUUUGGUGGCCUUAUAUAAAAUGAGCUGUGUGUUAUCUCAAGUUAAAAAACUGCUUUCAUCCAUUUUGACCUUUGCUUCAAAACUAAAAGAACAUGUCGCCAUCUACUGGUCAAAAGGAGUAAUCGCCUGACUUUAAGCCACAGGUGCGCACGUGAUGAAGCAGUGAUUAAAACACAGCCACUCCACCUGUUGAAAUGAAAGGGACUGUGGAGAAAACAAACAGCAGAGCCCUACACGUACAGCACCUGCAGCGUUUUGCUUUUUUGAAGUCGAGACAAGCUCCGACAUGUCAGCCAGAGAUUAUGAAAUUCUGAACAGCGGCACUCUUGGAAGGAAUUGCAUCCCAACAGGCCAACAGCUUCCAAGGACUCCCCUGUCAGAUGUAAAGAGACGCCUGGAUCUUGAUGAAGAUUCAGACGAGAGUCUUGUGGAACCACAGGAGAACACGGCGACAGGCGCCAGAGAUCAAUACAACAACGACUUGAGCAGGACGUUUGAUGUCAGCACUCCUGAGAAAAGAACAGAAAGUACUUGGGAAACUGGUUACCUAAACUCCAUGCUGAAAGGGAUGAAGGGGUAUCAGCUGACAGCAGGUGACUUGGAGUUUAUUGUGAAGAUGAAAAAAGAGGAGAACCUUAAAAAACUGGAGGGAGAGCUGGGAGAGGUGCGGAGGUCAUUGCAAAAGGAAACGAUGGCCUUUGAGCAGGCGUGUGCUUCCAGGGACAUGGCACAGGCUGAUCUCAACAAGCUCCCAUCCUGCGAAGAGCUCACGGAGUGCGCACAGGCGGUCCUCGAAAUGACAUCGCCAUCUUCCGAGUUCACGGAUCCGGAUGCCAAGGCUCUCCUGGCCAUGGUGACGGAAGAACAAGUCCAGAGAGCCGUGGAUGAGAGGAGGACCGAACUCAGUCAGAUGGAGAAGAAGCUGGCAAAGAAAAGGAAGAAUGCGACUAAAGAGAGACGGCAGCUUGAAAAACAAAUUGCCACCGAACAGCUGAAGAUACAGAUAUUAAUGUUCCAGUUAUCUGACCUGAAGUCUGAACUUGCACAAGAAGAGGAAGCCUAUGAAGCUCUUGAGGUGCAGAUCAAGACCAAAGAAGUGAAACACAGAGGAAAGGGGAGAAAAGGAAAACAUACAGAGGAACCCCAAGAUGCAACAAACCACCCUGUGGCCCCGGCUGGUGCUGGAGAGGAGGCACGAAACGUUGGUCUGAGAAGAUCCAAGAGGAUAGCAAGCAGGAGUUGAAGGUUUUUCUUCUUUUUUUUUCCCAGACUAAAAUAUCUCAAUGUUGGAUGGACUGCCAUGAAAUUUCAGACAGAUAUCAAUGGUUUCCAUUGGCCGAAUCCUUCGGUGAUCCUGACGACCCUGGCACCACCAUGACAUUUGCACCUGUGGUUGGUCCUUUGCUUUUCAUCCAUCAUCAGGUCAAAUUUUGACUCGUUCAGUAUUUUGCUUCAUGACCUUGAGAUUUUGGAAAUGUUGUAUAUAGUUUUGUCUAAUUGUAAGGAUCUCUCUGCCUUUUUAUUUUUGUACAAGAAAUAAACUUUCACA